AUUGCAUCAUUUCAGGAUUUUCUAGGAUCUGGAGACCCCAAAGACACAAAGAUGCUAAUAAAAAAACAAGCUGAUUGGGCCAAGAAUAUCAAUGAACCAAAAGCAGCAGUGGAGAUGUACCUCUCUGCAGGCGAGCACAUGAAGGCCAUAGAAAUCAGUGGGGACCAUGGCUGGGUUGAUAUGUUAAUUGAAAUUGCUCGAAAACUGGAUAAAGCCGAGCGUGAGCCUUUGUCGAAAUGUGCCUUCUAUUUUAAGAAACUUGAUAACCCUGGCUAUGCAGCAGAAACCUACAUGAAGGUUGGUGACCUGAAAGCACUGGUCCAUCUCCACGUGGAGACUCAUCGCUGGGAGGAAGCAUUUGCUUUGAGUGAAAAGCAUCCUGAAUUUAAAGAUGAUGUCUAUGUCCCUUAUGCCCAGUGGCUUGCAGAGAACGAUAGAUUUGAAGAAGCCCAAAAAGCGUUUCACAAGGCUGGCAGGCAGAGUGAAGCUGUAAGAGUGCUGGAGCAGCUAACACACAAUGCUGUGGUUGAAAGCCGAUUUAACGAUGCAGCCUAUUAUUACUGGAUGCUUUCCAUGCAGUGUCUAGAUAUAGCCCAAGAGAAUGAACAACAGAAGACUGAAAUGUUACAGAAGUUUCAUCACUUCCAGCAUUUGGCAGAAGUUUACCAUGUCUAUCACUCUAUUCAAAGAUACACUGAGGAGCCUUUCAGUUUCCACUUGCCUGAAACCCUCUUCAAUAUUUCCAGGUUUCUGCUUCACAGCUUAACAAAGGAGACUCCUUUGGGGAUCUCAAAAGUCAAUACAUUAUUUGCCCUGGCAAAACAGAGUAAAGCUCUUGGUGCAUAUAAACUGGCUCGCCAUGCCUAUGACAAGUUACAGGGGCUGCAGAUCCCAGCUAGAUUCCAGAAGUCAAUCGAGCUGGGCAGCCUGACAAUCCGAUCCAAGCCAUUCCAUGACAGUGAAGAGCUUGUGCCCUUGUGUUACAGGUGCUCUACCAACAACCCUUUGCUAAAUAACUUGGGGAAUGUCUGCAUUAACUGCAGACAACCUUUCGUCUUCUCCGCUUCCUCCUAUGAAGUGCUGCAUCUGGUUGAGUUCUAUUUGGAAGAUGGCAUCACAGAUGAAGAAGCUGUAGCUCUCAUUGAUCUUGAAGCUCCAAGAUCGAGUAAAAGAGAGGAUAAAUGGCAAGAGAUGACAAGUGACCAUGCACAGAGUUUGAGGCUUGAUGACAAUACAGAUAUUAUGGAAGAUGAUGAUCCCUUUACAGCAAAACUGAGUUUUGAGCAAGGAGGCUCAGAAUUUGUUCCAGUGAUUGUGAAUCGUGCUGUUCUCCAGUCCAUGAGCCGGAGGGAUGUCCUGAUUAAACGCUGGCCAAAGCCAUUGCGUUGGCAGUACUACCGGUCCCUGCUACCAGAUGCCUCCAUUACCAUGUGUCCAUCAUGUUUUCAGAUGUUUCACACAGAAGACUAUGAGCUGCUCGUACUCCAGCAUAAUUGUUGUCCGUUCUGUCGACGGAGAAUAGAUGAGUCAAACCAAUGAAGAAAAACAAUCUUAUACCUCAACUGACAGACUUCCCUAUUGGCUUGGCAAAACACUUCUUAGAUUCAUAGAGUUUUCCUAACAACUUAGUUAAGUCAUCUUGUUCCAUUUUGUACAUAAGAGUGGAACUGAGCGGAAGAUAUGUAACUAUUUUUUUAAAUGGAAAUGUCUGUUGUUUGUGAAUGUCUUCCACGUUUCCCAGACAAGCAGCUGAAGUGCCACAGAUUUUUACAGGAAUGUUUCUAGGGUCAAGUUCAGCC